AUGGAUUAUUCCCAAAACACUGGAGAAGAAGAAUGUUACAGUUGUGAGUCUGGCUGGACCAUGUACAUCGGCUCCCCCAUUUCAGACGACGACGACGAUGACGACGACGACAACGAAGAACAAGAUGAGAAACAUGACGACGAUGAAGAAGAUGGGCAUCGAAGGGGGGCUAAACGAGAAGAUGAGAGCGAUGAUUCGAUGGCUUCAGAUGCAUCUUCGGGCCAGAGCCGAGUAAAGGAGCAAUAUUUGAAAAAGAAAGCAGAAAUGAAGAAGAUGCCAUCAAAGGAUCAGAAAGGAAAGAUUAAUUCAACAAAGGGAAGAGUUCUUGACAAUAAUAAUAAUAAUAAGACUUCUCUUGGGCAGCCUCAAGAUUGUCCAAAGAUGCCUACAUCCAGCCUGCAAUCGAAUUUCUCAUAUGGAUAA